AUCAAGCCAGAGGAUUUCACAGGCGACUCGUGGAACAUACACAGACAUGUCCGUGAAGUGCCCACUGAUGCUUUUGGAGACAUCAGAUUUAAUGGUUUGGGACAGAAGACUGGCAAGUAUGUGCGAGUGUCCGUAGGCACCAAGCCUGAGGUCCUCUACAAGUUACUGACUGAACAGUGGAAACUUCCUCCUCCCAACCUGCUGAUCUCAGUGAUCGGAGGAGCCAACCCCACCAGCCUGCAGGACCCGAAGCCUCUGGACAGAUUGUCCAAACUGGUCUGCCUGUACACCUCUCCGCAGGUCAAGUUUUACUGGAACAUAGUGUCCUACCAUGCCUUCCUCACCUUGUUCGCUUGGGUGCUCAUGAUCGACUUCCAGGACACACCGUCUGCUGCAGAGGUGCUGCUCUACAUCUGGCUGUUCUCUCUGGCGUGUGAGGAGGUCAGACAGCUCUUUCAUGAUCCUGAUGGCUAUGGAUUUCAGAGGAAAGCCGGGAAGUACAUUAACGAUGUGUGGAAUAUUUUAGACGUUCUGUCCAUCAUCCUCUUUAUUAUUGGCUUUGCAUUUAGGCUGACGACUGAGCUGUUGUAUGCGGGUAAAAUCCUCCUCUGCAUCGACUUUGUGGUCUUCUGCCUCCGUCUCAUGGCGAUCUUCACCAUCAGUCGAACUCUGGGACCGAAGAUCAUCAUAGUCAGAAGGAUGAUGAUGGAUAUGUUUUUCUUCAUGUUCAUGCUGACUACCUGUGUGGUGGCGUACGGUGUGGCCAAACAAGGCAUCCUCAUCCACAAUGACAAUCGGCUGGACUGGAUCAUCCGGGGGGCUGUUUACGAGCCGUACCUGAUCAUAUUUGGGAAUUUUCCUAGAAAUAUUGAUUAUGCUACGUUUGACAUAAACUCUUGCAGCAUGGAUGGCAUCGAUCCUCUGAAGCCCAAGUGUCCAGUGCUGAACGAAAACCAAACACCGGCCUUCCCCCAGUGGCUCAACAUCAUCAUGCUUUGUGUUUAUUUGCUCUUUGCCAACAUACUGCUGCUCAACCUGCUCAUAGCUAUCUUCAACUUUACGUUCCAGGAAGUACAAGACAACACAGACAGAAUAUGGAAGUUCCAAAGAUAUGAGCUAAUUAAGGAGUACCACAGCCGCCCUGCUGCCCCUCCUCCUUUUAUCAUCUUCAGUCAUCUUUACCUCUUCAUCAGGAACGUGGUGCUGCACAAGCCCCCCAUCAAAUACAAAGAGUUCAAGGAUGAGCUUCCUCAGACAGAGGAAGAAGAGCUGUUGUCCUGGGAGGCCUUGAUGAAGGACAGAUACCUGCUGUCCACAAAGCAGGAGCAGAACCAGAGCAUGGAGCAACGCAUCCUGGACACAAAUAAAAAAAUCUCUGCCAUUACUGAUUGGCUGGAGAGGGAAAAGGAGAUGAGCUCUGGCACCAUGAUGAAAAGACUGGCCCGACUAGAGGAGCAGGUUGGCCAGUCAACCAAAAAUCAGCAGUGGAUUAUGGACAGUCUGAAAUCUCAGGGUUUUGCAGCAAAAGAAACACAAGCAACGACAUCAGCUACAACAGACAGUGAGUCCCCUAAAACUGAAAAAGAGGACGGCUUCCAUGUGAAUGCCCGUCAGUUGCACUACCCGAACAGCAAACUUAACCGCUUCCCGGUGCCUGAUGAGAAGGUGCCAUGGGAGGUCAAGUUCAGCUCAUACAUGCCGACUUGUUAUACCCCAGAGGACAGUGCAGACCAUUUGGAUGGAUCAGAAUCAGAACCCUUAGAUAAUUACAGAAACCCAGGAGGAAGGACGGGCAUCAGGGGACGAGGUGCACUCAGCCGCCUCGGUCCAAAUCUGCAUGUAGACCUUGUGCUCACACGCGAGCGAUCUGUUUUGGAGUUUCUGGCAGUUGGAGACGAUCACCAACAAACCUUGGCUUUACCUGGGGGACCUGUCGAAUCUGCUCAUCACCUGCCAGUGACUCUUGAGAGAACCAUGGGGAAGAAAUUGUAUGAAAAAUUAAAUGAAAAAGUAUCGGAGGGAACAAAGGUGUUUGAGGGUUAUAUGGACGACAGCAGGAACACAGAUAAUGCCUGGGUGGAAACCACUGUCCUAAACCUUCACCUGGACAGAACGAGCGAGGUUAUGGCAGAAAUCGACAAUGUGGUGGUGCACAGCCAUGGUUGUCUUCAGUGGCAGGAAGUGAGCAGAAAAACUAGACUUAGUUUAAACCAAAGAGACUCUUUGAGGCAGGUCGCUGAGCUGCACAACAAGAAGUUCUGAUCUUCAUGCUGCUGUAACUGCCUGUCAUCCACAGGUUUCUUUCUGCCUGUUAA